AUGAAGACGAGGCGCGGCGCCUACUACUCCUGCCACGCGGCGCCGGGCGAGGGCCCCGAGGCUGUGCACCGCCGGAAGAGGCGCAGGACGGCGGCCGAGGGGUCGCCGGCCGCGGCUGCCGGCGCUCCAGGUGUUCGCCUGGCAGGAGACAUGUUCGAGGAGCUUCCUGACGAUCUCGUCGUCUCCAUACUAAGGGACGUUGCCGCGUCCGCCGGCUCGCCGGCCGAUCUCGCCGGCGCCAUGCUCACGUGCAAGAGAUUCAGGGACCUCGGGCAGACCAAGUUGGUGCUCGCGCGGGCGUCGCCGCGGUGCCUCGCGGUGCGCGCCAAGGCCUGGUCGGACGACGCGCACCGGUUCCUGCAGCGCUGCGCCGACGCCGGCAACCUCGAAGCCUGCUACCUUCUUGGCAUGAUUCGGUUCUACUGCCUGGGUGGGAGCCGCGGCUCGGGCGUGGCGCUGAUGGCGGCGGCGGCGGUGGGCGGGCACCGCGAGGCGCUCUACUCGCUGGCCGUGAUCCAGUUCAACGGCAGCGGCGGCGGCAAGGACGACCGCGACCUCCGCGCGGGAGCCGCGUUGUGCGCCCGCGCGGCGUCGCUGGGCCACGUGGACGCGCUCCGCGAGCUGGGCCACUGCCUCCAGGACGGCUACGGCGUGCGCCGGUCCGUGCUGGACGGGCGCCGCCUCCUCAUCCAGGCGAACGCGCGCGAGCUCCAGGCCGCGGUCACCGCCUUCGCCUCGGUGGCAGGGGCGGGUGCGGGCGGCGGCAAGGCGUCGGCGGCGCCGCGUCGGCACUCGUGCCUCCUGAGUGACUUCGGGUGCCGCGCCGCGUCCGGGGAGGCGCACGCCGCCAACCGGUUCCUGGUGGACUGGUUCGCGUCGCGGCCGCUCGGUAUGGCGGCGGCGGCGGCACCUGGCGGCAACGGCAACGGCAACGCCGGUACUGCGGCGGCCUCGCCGGAGGAGGACGCCGCGGGCGCGCUGCGGCUGUGCUCGCAGGCGCUGUGCGGGCGGCCCGAGACGCGGCGGCACGAGUUCCGGCGGUGCUCGGUGUGCGGCGUGGUGAACUACUGCUCUCGCGCGUGCCAGGCGCUGCACUGGAAGAUGGCGCACAAGACGGAGUGCGGCGGCGCCGCGGCGCCGUGA